ACUGUUGUCUUCUUCGUUUUCUUUCUCUUUUAUUUUCUAUUGUUUUCUUAAAGCAACCGAUUCUCAAGGAGCAGAGAUUUUCUCUCCCUAGAAAGAAAUGGCGAGGAGACCAGAUGAGGAAUAUGAUUACCUUUUCAAGGUUGUAUUAAUAGGCGAUUCUGGUGUAGGAAAAUCCAAUCUUCUUUCCCGAUUUACUCGCAACGAGUUCUGUUUGGAAUCCAAGUCCACCAUUGGUGUUGAAUUUGCUACUCGUACUCUUCAAGUUGAAGGAAGGACUGUGAAAGCUCAAAUAUGGGACACUGCAGGGCAGGAACGAUACAGAGCAAUAACCAGUGCCUAUUAUAGAGGUGCACUUGGAGCUCUUCUAGUAUAUGAUGUUACAAAACCAACAACAUUCGAAAACGUCAGCCGCUGGCUGAAGGAGCUGAGAGACCAUGCCGAUGCCAAUAUUGUGAUCAUGCUAAUCGGUAACAAGACUGACCUGAAACAUCUCCGAGCAGUAGCUACCGAGGAUGCUCAAGGUUAUGCAGAGAGAGAAGGACUCUCAUUUAUUGAAACGUCGGCUCUUGAAGCAACAAAUGUUGAGAAGGCUUUCCAGACAAUUCUGUCCGAAAUAUAUCGGAUAAUUAGUAAGAAAUCACUUUCAUCAGAAGAACAAGCACCUGCCAAUAUCAAAGAAGGGAAGACCAUUGUGGUUGGAGGAGGUGAGGGUAAUAAUAAGAAACCUUGCUGCUCUUCUUCUUAAUAAUACAUCAAUUUACACCACCCUUGUUGGGUUCACUGUCGUAUGUGUUGUUGGAUUUUGCAUGAGAUGCCUUACAGCUUUUUAUCGUUUUGAUGUUGUAUCUUUAUAUAUUCAUUUUGCUUCAAUACAUUUUUGCCAUGGUUUCUUCUC